AUGUCCCGUGCCACAUCAUUUGCAGCACAAUUUGGAAUCAUUGCUCUUGUAUAUUUAGCUACUCUAUUUCACACUCAACUUGUACCAAGUCUCUCAUUGCCAGCUUGGAUUGAUCAAAUCGCUCCAUUGCCAUGGUGGUGCCUAGUUACAUUUGGAUCGUAUUCACUGGGAAGCAUUGGAUUUGCACUAGUCUCGUUCCCAGAUGCUCCCAAGUCAGCCUUUGAUUCAUUGAUGACUGAGAUUGAUAUGGCAAGAGCCGAGUUGAGCAAGAAGGGUGUUGACGUGAGCUGA